GUACAAACCCACUAUAUUAGCAGACAAAGAAGACAAUACGCUAAGCCAGUUGCAGAGAAUACAGCAACAGAACAACAACUUCAUUCAUAUAAUGGGGACGGCAACGUCGUCUAUGGCGGCGAAACUGGCCUUCUAUCCGCCGAACCCGCCGACGUAUAACGUCUCGGCCGACGAAGUGACCGGUAAGCUCCACCUCAGCAUCCGGGGUCACCGGCCGAGGAGGGCCGUCGACGUGGAAGUCAUGAAGCUGCCCACGAACAAAGGGAACGAAAUAGUGGCGAUGUUUGUGAAGAACCCGUCGGCUUCCCUCACCCUUCUUUACUCCCACGGAAACGCCGCCGAUCUGGGCCUCAUGUACUUCAUCUUCACCGAGCUCAGCUCCCAUCUCAACGUCAAUCUCAUGGGGUAUGAUUAUUCAGGGUAUGGGCAGUCCUCUGGAAAGCCAAGUGAACAAGACACUUAUGCAGACAUCCAGGCAGCCUAUAAAUGCUUGAAAGACAAGUAUGGGAUGAAGGAGGAAGACAUAAUACUGUACGGGCAGUCACUUGGGAGCGGACCUGCACUUGAACUGGCUACCCAUUUGCCCCAACUAAGGGCACUCGUCCUCCACAGCCCUAUCCUCUCUGGCCUCAGAGUCAUGUACCCUGUCACCACGAGUUGCUGGUUCGACAUCUACAAGAACAUUGACAAGAUCCCAUUGGUAAACCGCCCGGUCCUUGUAAUCCAUGGAACAGAUGAUGAAAUUGUGGACUUCUCCCACGGGAAGCAGCUGUGGAAGCUGUGCAAGGACAAGUACGAGCCACUGUGGGUGGAGAAAGGGAAGCAUUGUGACUUGGAGACAUUUCCUCAAUACUUGACCCACCUGCAAAAGUUCGUCUCAGCCGUCGAGAAGAUCCCUCCCCAGCUCCGCGAUGCGAACAAUUUGCCCGACGGUUCACCAAUUGUGAUACAUAGAGGUGACAAGCGCUCGGGUGUGAAGGAGAGGUCUAGGAGGAGGGUGAGCGCGGAUCACUGGGAUGGCAAGCGAAGGCAGAAGGACAAGAGCUCUGAGGAGCAGAGGAGGCAGAGUACAGGAGGCAGAGCUAGCGUCGAAAGGAGGGACAGUAACGUUAAGAUACCGUCACGAAAGAGCGUUGAUUCUUCAAGGAACAGCUUAGACAGGUUUAGUGACGAUGAGUUUGGGGAGAUGGUGAGGUCGGUUGGAUUGUGCAAUGUGGAUUGUUUGAAAUAAAUGAAGCUUGGGGCCUAACAAUGGGGUCGAUUUGAGGUUACUGUUGGGUGCAGAUAGUAGUAAUAAGACUACUAGUAGUAGUGUAGUAAUGCGUAAUUUUUCAUUUCCUGUCUAUCUUCUUUCCUUGAUUGGUCAUGUAUAUUGUUAGGAACAUACGUUUUGAAGUUGUUAUGCCUUGGUUUGAUUCAGCCAGCAAUCAUUCAAUAUAAGUGAAAUUGUCUUAGGGGUUGUUUGUUGGAUGUAUUUGGG